AUGUAUUUUUUUAAAGAGUUCCUUCUUAUUAUUAUUUUAUCAUUACUAAUCAAAGCUAGACGUCUUUUUGACAUAAGAAAUGAUACAAGAAAAAAUCUAUCUAGUUAUUCUAAAAAAAAUUUUGAUAGUACUAUUGUUGGAUUAAAACGUUUAAAUAGAUUACAAAGAAGAUUAAUGGGUCUUAAAAAUAACAAAAAAAAUAUUGACGAAAAUAGUGAAAUAUUAAUUGAAGAUCCAAUGACAAAUCCAAAUUUAUUUCAAGGAGAUAUUAUUCUUACUGAAAAUCAAGUAGAUGAAAUUGCAUUAGAUAUUGUAAAACAGGCUGAGGAAAAGAAAAUUGAUAUAAAUGAUAUCGAAAAUAAAACAGAUAUAUUAAACAGAAAAAAACGCUCUAUUGCAAUAAAUUCAAAAUAUAAUUGGAUUUUUCCAAUACCAUAUUAUGUUGAUACAGGAGUAAAUGCUACAGUUGUAGAUUUAGCUUUAGCAGAAAUGGUUGCUGAAACAUGUGUACGAUUUUCUAAAAGUUUAUCUCCAAUUACAGGUAAAGCUGGUUUAAGAUAUUUUCUUGGUUCCGGAUGUUGGUCAUAUAUAGGAAAAAUUUUUGAUGUAUAUUCUCAAGAUAUAAGUAUUGGAAAUGGUUGUGGAUAUAAUGGUAUUAUUCAACAUGAAACAUCUCAUGCUUUAGGAUUACAUCAUGAACAAACACGACCAAAUAGAGAUGCUUAUGUUUCAAUUAAUACUGAAAAUAUUAUUUCGGGAAUGGAAUCAAAUUUUUUUAAAUCUGCUAGUGAUUCUGUAAAUAGUUUUGGAGUACCAUAUGAUUAUGGUUCUGUUAUGCAUUAUGGAAGAUUUGAUUUUUCAAAGAAUGGAAAUGAAACAAUUGUAUCAAAAGUUAAAUAUUUAGAUAAAACAAUGGGACAGCAUGUUCAUUUAUCAUUUAAUGAUAUAAAAUUAAUUAAUUAUAGAUAUUGUUCUUCAAUAUGCACGAAUAAAAUAAGUUGUUUUAAUGGUGGAUACCAGAAUCCAAAUAAUUGUCUGAUAUGUAAAUGUCCUAGUGGGUUUACAGGAAAAUCAUGUUUAGAAAUGGUUAAAAAUAUAGAUACAAAAUGUGGAAAUAAUUUGUUAACAGCAACAAGUACCAAAAAAACUUUAUCAGUAACCGGAGUUGCUGAUUGUUAUUACUUUAUUAACACAACUGUUAACAAUAGAAUCAAAAUAACCAUUAAUAGUGCAACUCUUUAUUACUUAGAUCCUUGUAUUGUAGGAAAAGGUCUUGAAAUAAAAUACAGAAAUGAUAAGACAAUGGCUGGAUAUAAUUUUUGUGGAUCAAUUACUAAUAAAAUAGUAACAUCUAUAGGAGAUACAAUGUUAAUUCAUUAUGCUGGAAAGUCAUUUACUCAUUCAUUUAAUUUAUCAUAUAAUAUGUUUUAA